GCAAACGAAGCGGUUGGUGUCAAAUUGUUAAAGCGGAUGGAUAUCGGUUUUCUCCAAUAAAUAAAAACAAGUAAAAUUUUGUGAAGCAAAAUAAAUAACAAAAAGCAACAACAAUAAUAAUAUUACUGUUUUUGUUGUUGGCAAAACUCUACACACUUUUAUUAAUUCGUAUUGUGGUCUCGCUCUAACGCAUUCAUUUCAAACGUGGUUUUUACAAAGGUUUGUGCAAAAGUGAUUAAAACAAAAAACGGUGCUGAAGUAUAUUCCUUAAAAUAAUAAAAAAAAUCUAUCAUGGAAAUGGUUUAAUAAGCCAAAAUCUAUCUGUGUAAUAAAAACGCACAAAUGUUUUAUGAAAUCUAUAAGUGUUAAAGAAUAAUUUGGUUUUUUGUUCUAAAAAACCAAAAACUAAAAUUAAAUUAAAUAAAAAACCAGUUACAUUAACAAGAAAAAAAAACCUAAACAAGGUUUUUACACAAAAUUAACAAAAAAAAGAUUUAAAUUUUAACACUUAUUAAGAGGAAGAGGAGAGAACAAAUUUAAUUUUUUCAACAUGCCAGCCAUGGGUAGUGUUUGGAAACGUUUACAGCGUGUUAAUAAACGUGCUGCCAAAUUUCAAUUUACCGCUUCAUAUCAUGAACUACACCUGGAGACCACCGCCAAAUGGCGUCCUUCAAAUUUAUCAGUUGUUUGGACUAGACGUUCACGUCGCGUUGCCUCGGCACCGCUGCCUUGGGAACCCGAUAUGAUGAAUCCGCUGGUCGGUAAUGUCUCUUGGCCAGUUCCCGAUAAUCAUUGUAUAACAGUGACUCUCUUCAAGGAUCCCCGCACCCACGAAUUAGAAGAUAAAGAUUGGACUUUUGUCAUAGAAGAUAUAACUCCAAUGGGUAAAAAGCGUGUUUUAGCCAAUGCCAAUAUAAAUAUGCGUAAAUAUGCCAGUAUUGAGUCAACGCAACAAAGUUUUACCUUAAGUCUAAAACCGGUAUCACGUAAAGUGACUGCUGCCGAGAUAGAAUUAACCAUUAGCUGUGUAUUUUUGCGUGAAGGCAAAGCUACAGAUGAAGACAUGCAAAGUGUGGUCUCCUUAAUGUCUGUCAACAAUAACUGUGAUGUAGCACCUUUGGAUGAUUUGGAAGAUAUUCCAGAUUUAGAAAAUUCAGCCGAUAUUUCUGAUCAUUUGUAUGAUUUUACGCAGCAAUUGGAACAAAUGACUACCAGUCUAAAUGGUUGCAUGGAUUUACCAACGCCUUUGAGUGUACCUUCUUUGUCAGAAGAUCCAACUCCAUUGGCCGAAGUUAAUAAUUUAAAUUUUGAACUUGAAUCAGAUAAAUAUCCGUAUUCGCCCAUGAACGAGGAUAAUGGUGAUGAUUUCAAUGAGGAUCUAUUAAAAACACCAAGUGCUGCAGCAGCAACAACAACGGCAGCCGCCACAACACUGCCGACAACACAAACAGUUCCUAGCGAUGAACAAUUAGCGGACAAAGCAACGAAAUUCGAUUUUAAGCCAGCUAAAUUGGUAACCUCAACACCCAUAGCCAAAGUUAAUGACAAGAAAUCGGAGGAAGGCGGCCUGAUGAAGACAGAGCAGCGUGUACGUAAAGGUUUAAAAUUCCCCGAAGAAUAUGAGCAGCAACCACAACUGAAAACACAACAUGAAACCAAAGAAUCCUUCACACAGAAACAAGAGCAAGAUUCAUUUAACUCGUUGGAGUAUUCAUUUGAGAAAAUGAAAUCUCCCGAUUCUACACUAAAUGAAUCCACAGUAACCGCCUCGGAAAUUUCCAUAGAUGAGAAAACUAAAACGCCUACUACAAUUCUAAUGACUACAACAACAACUACUACGAAUAAUAAAACUCAGGACACCCCCAAAACCACAACAACAUCAGCAACAACAACAACGUCAAAAGAUAACGAUUUAUGUAAAGAUUCUCACAAGGAUAUGGCGGCAAUUAAUCAAAAAUCCGAAAAUAAACGUCCUGAGUUGCAACCUUUGAACCUUAAGAAAUCCUAUGAAUCUAUAGAACCAUCUCCUGUACCCGCUCCAACCACUAACAAUAACCAUAAUAGCAAUUCCAACAAUUCGAAUGGCUAUCUAUCGGUGAACUCACAUCAUCUGCAUAAUAACACAACCAACACAAAUAACUCAUCAUCGAAACCUGUCGAAAAGAUUAUACUCAAAGAGAAUACUCCCGGUCAAGAUUUACUGGAAUGGUGCAAAGAAGUUACCAAAGAUUAUCCAAAUGUUAAGGUUACCAAUCUGACGACCAGUUGGCGCAAUGGCAUGGCCUUCUGUGCCAUUAUUCAUCAUUUUGAACCAAGUUUAAUAGACAUGUCUAAACUUACACCUCAUGAUGUGGUGGGUAAUUGUCGCAUAGCAUUCGAUGCGGCUGAAUCAUUGGGCAUACCACGUGUCAUUGAGCCACGUGAUAUGAGUUUAUUGGCCGUACCCGAUAAAUUGGCAGUCAUGACGUAUUUACAUCAAAUGCGUGCUCACUUUACUGGCAAACAACUGCAAAUUGAACAAAUUGGUCCCACAUCCGACGAAUCUAGCUAUGUUAUUGGCAAUUAUAAAACUGACAAUCUGUCAUCACAAAAUUUACUCAAUUUAUCACAUUUGAAAGCACAACUCUUACAUCAGAAUUCUUUGGAUGACGAUAUCUUUGGCCUCGACAGUAAUAAAUCACAAUUAUCGCCAACGGUCAAGAAAGAUGUUAAGAAUUUAAUAUUGUCCGGUUCAAAGAGUAUACUGGGUAAGGUGUUGUCGCCCACCAAGGAUAAAAAUACCAUAAAUGCUUCGCAGCAUUCUAAUUUGAGUAAUAUGGCCGUGACCACACCCUCUUCGCCUUUAAUCGAGGAUAAUAAUGUGGCAUUGGAUGAUGCGAAUGAAAUGGAGAAAUUAAAUUCUUCGAAUCAAGAAAAUAUCUCCUUUAAUGCACAACAACCGGUGAAGGAACCCUCCUCACCCACAGCUUUAGAUCCAAAUACUACAAAUAAAAUUUUAUCACGUCAUAAAGAACAAAGUGAAAAGGCUCGUAUCAUGAUGGAGAAAUUAAGAAUUUCUCAAAAUGAUAAAACUAAUCAUGAUGAGGAACGUCAGCAACGUUUAAGAGAACAAGCCAGACGUUUAAUACUCGAAACACGCAACAAAACCUCCAACAACAGUAGUUUGGAAAGUCCCACAUCACCCACAAAACCAAAACGCUACAAUUUCACCUCAGAACGCACGAUUUCGCCGAUCAACAAUACGCUCGAGUUAGAUGAGAAUGUUUCCACAUCGCCGAAACAGCAAUUAUCGCCAACGAAGAGAAUAACACCACCACGUGAUAAUGACAACAGUAGUAGUAGUAUAAAUAAAUUAAGUCCUAGUCAUAGAUUAAGUUUAACCAACGGUGGCAGUACUUUACAAUCCUUCAAUAAUGUUAUGGAUAGAAUAGCAACACCAAAGACCGAAAAUAUGGGCGAAAAACUCUCCUAUAUACAAUCCGAAUUGGAGGCCCUGGAACGUGAACAGGUGGCGGUGGAUCAAAAGGCCAACAGUUUGGAGAAGAAACUGCGCGCUGUUAUGGGCGGCAAACCAAGUAAUAAUAGAACUAAACAAAAUUCAUUUAUUAGAUUAAUACGCAAUAGUAUUGGUGGUGGUGAAACUAUACGCAUUAAACUGUUAGAUAUAGAAAAUGGUGAACUGUCGCUUACGCCCACGGGUAGUACAGAUUCAUCCACAGCUUCCUCUUCAUCCUCUGUUUCAAGUGAUGAUGAUGAUGUUCAUUUAAGACCUCAUGUAGUUGGUAAUACCAGACGUUUGCGUAAACGUCAACAUCCCCAUAUUAAAAGACAACGUUCACAAUCAUGUGUUGUUGAAUUGGAACAUCACGAAAAAGAUUCCACAACUGCAACCACACAUAAUAUACAUCAAAAUAAUAAUAGUAAUUGUAAAAACAAUAAUAAUAACAUGAACAGUAACAAUAAUCAUAAUACAUCAUCAAUGAUAACUGCUACCUCAACACAGCCCUAUAGUAUAUUAUCCUCAGCUUCGUCCAAUCAUUCCUCUUGUGAUAAUUUCAAAAUCUGUAGUGAUGAAGAAGAACAGCAAGUAGUCAAAAGACGUCAUAGAAGACGUUCCACAUCUCAAAGAAGAUCAAGAAGUAGAAGCAAAUGUGGUGGCGUUACCGAAGAAACGGAAGAACAAUUAUUAUCUCAAUGGUUUACUUUGGUUAACAAAAAGAAUGCUUUAAUACGCCGACAAAUGCAAUUGAAUUUACACGAAAAAGAAUGUGAAUUGGAACACAAGUAUAAUCUGCUAAAGGAGGAGCUGCGUGCUGCUCAAUCGGUGGAAGAUUGGCGCAAAACCGAAGCUCAGCGUGAGAAGGAACGUGUGCUUUUGGACAAAUUGGUGGCAAUUGUGGACAAACGUAAUGAAUUGGUGCAGUGUUUACACAAUGAGGAACAAGCUAUCGAGGAUGAUCAUGAAAUUGCUCGCAAUCUGGAACAAGUGAAUAUAAGUGGCAAUAAUGAAAAAUGUGUAAUAUCUUAAAGAGCCAGCCGUCACUUAAGCUAAAAAUAGAAUCGAAUAAACCACAAAUAUAACUACAACAAAAACAACAUCCAAACGGAACUCAAGAGACUUCCAUGACUGUGUGUUAAAACCAAAACAACCAAACAACAACAACAACCGCAUCAAUUUAUUUUUUUUUUUUAAACAAAUGACAAAAACGGCGUUUAAAUAUUGAAAACAAACCAGCAAAACAAAAUUAACUUUAAGUUUCUGUCUUUUUUUUUAAAACAAAACAAAACUAAGCGUGCAAACAAAAUGUUCACAGAUUUCCAAACGAAAUGAAAAUCUUUAUGUGUCUAGCUUUAUAUAUUUUAUAAAAUAUAUAUAUAUAUAUAUAUAUACUUAUAUAUUUAAUCAAUAAUAAUUAACAAUUAAAUCAUCAUUUAAAAGAAAAAUUAUUUACGAAACUCUAAAAAGAAAGUAUAACGAUUUAUAAACUACACAAUAAAUGAACAAAAAAAUAAAAACAAGGAUUUGAAAAAAAAAAAUAACAAUAUUUUGAACAGUAAACAUUAAAAAUACCAAAAAUUAAUACAAAAAAGAAAACUAUUUUGAACAUAAAACUGAAAAUAAAGAAACACAAAAAUAUUUUUCGGUAAAAAGUUUCGGAAACCAAAUAAAUAAAUAAAAAAGAAAUCUAUAAAACCUAAAGUUAUAAAUGAAAAACAGAAUUUCAAACAUAUAUAUUUAAAAACAUACGUCCGUUAGCUAUUUAAGUCUUGAAAGAAACAAACAAAACACAGAUACUUACUUACAUAUAUCAUGAUAUUUAAUUAUAAACCUAUAUAAAACAAUAAAAACCGUUUUUAUUUUAUCUUUUUUUUUAAUUUCUCUUUUAAAUUUAAAAGAAUUGUGCCAUUUUUAUUUCUUUUUUUCGCUCAACCAGAUACUCACUUUUAAAUUGUUUUAUUUUAAAAUCCCGUUUUUUCAAUAAUAACAAGAAAAAUAAUUUAAAGUUUUGUACAUUUUGUUUUUUUAAAAAAAUAAUUUGCUUCUCACCAAAUAUUUUAUGUUUUGUAAAGAAAGUAAUGAAAUAAAAAUAUAAACAAUUAUAUUUAAGUUUAAGUUUUAAUUUUAGUUUAAGAAAAACUAACUAUCAUCUGUUAAAAGAAAACUAGAAACAUCUAACUAAGUGUGAUCCUAUUUAUAAUUCGUGUUUAUAACAAAUUUAAUUUAUUUAACUGAUUUUAUUUGGUACCUUUAUUUUUAGUUAAUUUUAGUUUUAAUUUAUAGUUAGUUAUUCCUAAGUUAAGUUGUGUAUAUUUUUUUUUUUUUAUUUAAUUUUUCGUGUAUAAAAUGAAUUCUCUCCUGCUUUUUUAUGUAAUUUAUAUUUACAUUUAAUCAUUUUUUUAUUAUUCCUUAAAGAAAAUUAAUUUAAAUGAAAGCAUACAUAAUUUUUAGCGUUUCUUAGCUAUGGUAUAACUUAAAGAAAAUACAAAAACAGUGUUUAUUUCGCAUUAAUUAAAACAAGAAAUUAAUAAUAAUUACAAAAUUAUCUGACAAAAAUAAAUGAAAAAAAAAAACUGAAAACUGAAAUAAACCAGAAAUUAUAUUUAUCAAAUGAUAAUAAAGAAAGAA